AUGCCGGUGGUGAUUGAGCGAAAACGCUGUGCAAUUAUUGGCGCAGGAGUUUCAGGUCUGCCAAGUGCUCGGUAGGCAAAAAAACUCCCAAAAAAUACGGCUUACUUUCAUGAAUAACAUGUUUAUUUCGCAGAUGGGCCAAAGCCUACGGAUAUGAGCCGGUAAUCUUCGAACUGAGGGACAAUGUGGGCGGAUUAUGGUACUAUCAAGAGCAGGAGACCGAGUGUAAGUCAAAUGCAGCCAAAAUCCGGAUAAAAUUUUUGGAUACUUUUUGAUACUUUUUGAUACCUUUCCGGAAAAAACCUUGAAAAAGAUAAAUUUUUGAUCUCCUUUGAUUUUUUUGAGCAAAAAAUGUUUGUUUCUACGAAAAAAUCGAUUUUUUAGAAAAAUGUUUUUCGAUAAUUUUGGAUACUUUUCGCCAAAAUUUCUUCUUUUCAGUCUCCUGUGUGAUGAAGAAGACAAUCAUGAACACCUCGAAGGAGAUGAGCGCCUAUUCCGACUUCCCUCCGCCCGCCGACACUCCGUGGUUCAUGACGAAUAAACGUGGGUUCUGUUAUCACUCUGUCGGGAAAAUAAUGAGCACCCCGUGGCAUCAAAAAUCGCAUCACCGCCGAGAAAAUGACUCAUGUCGCUGCAAAAUCAAAUUGCUUUUCAUUUCAACGAGCGAUUGCCGUUGCGACAGAGUGCCCAUUAUUUUUCCGACAAAACCGCAAAAAAAUCAAAAAAAAUGUUUACAGGAAUGCAUCAAUAUCUGCAAGACUAUGCGCACCACCACGACCUGAUCAAGCAUUGUCGCUUCAAUCAUCGGGUAAUUCGAGUGGAGAGAGCGCCGGAUUUCGAAGAAAGUGGCGAAUGGAUUGUCGAGUAUGAGGAUGGGUAGGCGACUAUCCACGUACAACUCGAGACAUAAAGCUCACUUUUACAUAAUAUUGCAUAAAUAUACUCCUUGUAUACAUGCGUAUUUAAUCAAACUUCCAAAUUUCAGGAAUGAAAACAGAAACGUUGAGGUCUUUCAAACAGUGCUGAUCUGCACUGGCCGCCAGUCCAUUCCGUUCAUGCCAAGGGAAUACCCAGGGCAGAGGAAUUUCAAAGGAAACAUUAUCCAUUCGAAGCAAUUCAAGGUGAGAUCAUUAUGUUAAAAAUUUUAUGGCAAAAAUUACCUUGGCCUACAGUCUACACUUACCAUGUCUUAAUUUCUUCCGGUACGAUGCGACAUAGUGCUCACUGUUUCCCCGACAGACUGACACAACAAACAAAAAAUUUUUUGAUCCUUUGCGAUUCGUUAUACAGAGGUUUCACUGUAUAUCUGAGACGCUUUUUUCAGGACGCCUCCAAAUUUGCGAACAAGCGCGUCCUAAUCGUUGGCCUUGGGAAUUCCGGCACCGACGCCGCUUCGGAGGUGGGCCAAGUGGCCAAGAAAUGCUUUCUCAGCACCCGACGGGGAGCUUGGAUCUUGCAUCGGACCAUAAAUGGAACGCCGAACGACUUCUUCAGCAACCGGCGGAUCAUGGACUACAUGAAGAGGACGUUGGGCCGAGAAUUCCAUGCCUUUGUCAUGGAGAGGGUCUUCAGAAAUUGUUUCGACCAAAGAAUCUUCGGAUUAAAGCCCGAACAUCGCGCUUACAAUCAGAAUCCUAUCCUGGUAAGAACUAGUUUCGAAAAAUGAUUAUUUUUAAGGAAAAGUGUUUUUGAGGAAGAAAAUGCGAUCAAAAAGUAUUCAAAAGUAUCGAAAUCUGCCUAAAAUGGCCUUUAGUUACAAUUCAAAGCAAUAAAAACAAAAAAAAUUACCAAGAUUUCAAACGAUCAAAAUCAAAUUUUUAUCGGAAAAAGCGAUCAAAAAGUAUCGAAAAGUAUCCAAAUCUGCUUAGUAUGGCUUUUGAACAUGACUACAAUGACACUUGGGAAAAUUUGAAGAGGAUUUUUUUUCAACGAUUUCAAGAGCCCAAAAUCGAUUUUUUGUCCGACAAAGUUAGCAAAAAGUAUCCAAAAGUAUCCAAAUGUGCUUGAAAUGGCUUUUCAACAUGAUUAUAUGUAAUUUUUUCGAAGAUUUCAAAAGCUAAAUAUCUAAUUUUUGUCGGAAAAAUGCUAUCAAAAGGAAUCAAAAAGUAUCCAAUCAGCUUAAAAUAGUUUCCAAACCUGACAGUGGCGAAACUUGGCAUACUUUGAAGAGAAAAUUUUUCGAAGAUUUCAAGAGCUCAAAAUCUAAUUUUGGUCGGAAAAUUGCGAUCAAAAAGUAUCCAAAGGUAUCCAACUCUGCUUAAAACAGUUUUUGAACCUGACAGUGGUGAAACUUGGCAAAGUUUGAAGAGAUUCUUUUUUGACAUGUCAAGAGCUCAAAGUCAAAUUUUGGUCCGAAAAAGUGAUCAAAAAGCGUCGCAAAGUAUCCAAUUUGCUUAAAAUAGUUCUUUAACCUCGAACAAAUGAACGAUUUUCAAACCAAAAAAUUCUUUUUUUGAAUCUAUUUUUCAGAUCUGCGAUGAGCUGCAACUCCGUCUAGCCGCCGGCCAAGUCGCACUCAAGCCAGCGAUAAAGUCAUUCUCCGGAAAUUCCGUCCAAUUCGCCGACGGUUCAUCGGAACAGAUCGAUGAGGUUGUGAUGGCGACCGGAUUCAGUUACUCCUUCGAUUAUCUGGAGAGCGGCAAGAUCAUUCCGACCAAGGAUGACGAACUUGGACUCUACAAGAACAUGUUCCCAUUGAGUUUGAUGGACUCGAAAAAGGGGACCACUCUGGCGGUGAUUGGAAUGCUACAGGUGAGGGGGAUAUUAUACAGGACCUCCAUAUAACGAAGAUCGUCUAUUAUCAGUCUGUCGGGAAAAUAAUGAGCAUAAUGUCGCUGCGCUGAUCUCGUCGCUGAAGUAAAAAGCAAUUUUAUUUUCUCGGCGGCGACGCGAUUUUGGAUGCGGCAGAGUGCUCAUUAUUUUCCCGACAGACUGAUACGUAGACGGUUUCUUACCCAUCCUCGUGCUCAGGAUGGGUGUGUGACCCAAAAUAAUAAUGUGGAUUUGUCGCGCCUUGGAACCGUCCAUCGUCGCUUCGCGACGGCUAUUCGCGGCUGGGGACUGGUUUCCGGAGCCUCGAUGCGUGGCAAAUUAAAUAUGAAACGGGCCGGAGGGGGUAAAAACCGAGUCCAGCCACAUCUGUGGAAGAUAUUUUAUUAUUAUUUUGGGUCACCUAAGCAUUAGGAUCGGUAAGGGACCGUCGACGUAUCAGUCUGUCGGGAAAAUAAUGAUCAUUCUGUCGCCUCGGAAAUCGCACCGCCGUCGAGGAAAUGAAUUGUGUCGCGGAGAAAAUAAAAUUUCUUUUCACUUCAGCGACGAGAUCGGCGCAGCGACAUACUACUCAUUAUUUUUCCGACAGACUGAUAUAGUGGAGUCUCUUUACAACAAAACCUUUCUAUGCAUUACAAACAAUUUCAAAUGCUCCAGUGGUCAAUUUUAGACAGAAAUGAGCCUCUGUAGAACGAAACCUUUCUAUAACAAACAAUUUUUUGAUAUUUCAAAAAAAAAUUAUUUUUUUUCCAGCUAAGUGGCGCAAUAAUGUGUGCGAUGGAGAUGCAGUCUCGAGUGUUUUUCGAAGUGAACGCCGGCAACAUUCGGCUUCCCUCCAAGGAUACGAUGACUGCGGAAGUUGAGCGCAACCGAAGCCUUCGAAGAGAGCUCUAUUUGAAUGCUCGCGCCAGCUACACGAAGGUCUCGUAUCUUGAUUACAUGCGAGAAAUGGGACAAUUAAUCGGCUGUUAUGCCAGCCCGUUCAAGACACUCUUUUCGGACCCCUAUCUGGCCUAUCGCCUUGUAUUUCACCCCGAUUUGCCCUAUUCCUAUCGUCUUGUAGGGCCACAUGCAUGGCCAAAAGCAAGGGAAAUGA